AUGUUGCCCUCGUUAUCUGCCCGCAGCCUAGCCCUACUCUCGCUACCCGCCGUGCGCAUUGCCCUCGCCCAGUCCAUCUCCAUAUCGCUAGGGAACAGCCCGCCCGAUGGCGCCUCCGACUACCUCGACCCCUCGUAUGCCGGCUUCGGCAUCGAGCCCUCGAACCUCUUCUCCUUCACCGGCAAGGAGGAGCCCAACCAAUUCACCGUCAAGCUGCUCCAGAACCUCGCAGACUACUCGGGCGCGCCGCCGCACAUUCGCUUGGGAGGAAACACGCAGGACUACAUGGUCUUUGAGUCGAGCAACACAAACUAUGGCUGGACCUCAAACCCAGACUCGACGGCACAGGGUGCCAUUGCGGCCGACUCCAUGAUCAUUGGGCCCAACUACUUCGCCGCGCUCGAGCGCUUUCCCAAGGACACGCCCGUCACCUUCGGACUCAACAUGGCCUACAUGGACGACGACUACGAGGAUAAGAUCACCGCACUGGCGCAAGCCGCCGUCGACGGCAUGAAGAACGUCAAACUCUAUUCGUUCGAGAUUGGCAACGAGCCCGACCUGUGGCUCCAGAACUCGUUCCGCUCUGCGCCCUGGGACGGAAAGACAUACACUUCCCAAUGGCUGGACCGCGCCGAGGUCGUCUACGAGCGCGUGCUCAAGGCUGCCAACCUGCCGUCAUCCUUCUUUGAAUCUCCUGCGACCGCCUCCACCAUCGGGACAACCUUCGAGAUUGCGCAACUCGUCGACGAUGGCAUCAUGGAGGGUAGGAAUGGCGACAACUUCCUGGCCACCUGGAAUCAGCACGACUACUUCUAUUUCAUCGGAGUGACCCCCACCCCCCUCACUCUCGACGACCUCAUGGACCUCGAUGCCACCAACACCCAAUUCAAGUACUGGGAGAAGCAGGUCGGAAUCGCCCUCAAGACAGACCACCCCUACGUGCUGCGCGAGAUGAGCUCCGUUGGGCCAAUAGGCAUGCCCGGCGUCAGUGAUACCCUCGGUGCUUCCCUUUGGACGCUCAACUUCUUCCUCUACGCAGCCUCCAUUGGUAUCUCCUCGGUCCAGAUGCACAUGACCGACAACUCCAACGCCAGUGCCUGGCAGCCCAUCCCCAUGUACGGUCGUGAAACCUCGUUCGUACGACCGCAGUACUACGCCCAUGCCGCCGUCGCACAGAUUGUCGGCAACGGCAACGGAACCACGCAGAUUGCAGCUCUCUCUACCAGCAACGUAGGUGCUGCGUACGACGGUCGCAUCCGUGCGUACGCCGCCUACGCAAACGAUCAUCUGCAGUCCAUCACUAUGAUCAACGCUAAACAAGCCAAUGCGUCUUCAUCCGACAAGGGCAGCUUCACAUUCAACCUUAACCUGGGCUCUGCACACGCCAACAAGGAUGUCUUCAUCUCUUACCUCACAGGUCCUGGCGCAGAGUCGCAGACAGACAUCACAUGGAACGGCAUGAAGUACGACGACAUUACCGGCGCGUCCUCAGUCACUGACAACACUGUCACAACCACCAAAGCCGACGGCAACGGCAGGAUCUCUGUUCCCGUCCGCGACAGCCAAGCUGCAGUAGCAAACAUUGGCUCCCAGAUUGGCACCAACGCCGUCCUCAAACCAGACGGCACGCAGGCGAAGAAGAGUAAUGCCGCUUCGACCCCGACCGGCGGGGCCAACUACGCCAUAAUAAGUGGUCUGUUGGCCAUGAUGGCGGCAUUCAUCGCCGCGUAA